CACAAUUUGAGUUGUUUGUGGUUUGAACAUUAUAAUGUGUCAUGUUGGCAUAAGUUGAAACUGCAUAGAGCUCAUAAGACAUAUGCAAGUCUUACAAAAUUCCUUUUAAGGUUGCAAUCAGUUUUAUAAAGGAAUUUCCAGUUCAAUUAUUAUUGACACUAGUUUUAUCACCAAUUCAUUCUUUUACACGUUAGCGGUUGCCAGUUGCAACUCUUUUUAAUUGAAAUUUAUUUUUAUCUGUGCGGUGAUACAAAUUGUUUAGUAUUUAUUUUUGUACUCUUUUAAUCAGAGUAAGACAAACUAUCUGAUCUAUUAUUCGAUGGAUAAGAGAGCAAAAAAGCCGGAACGGCCCAAAUUACGGAAGGAGGACAUUGGCACUCCCGUGAACUUUGUGCACGUUCAACAUGUCGGCUUUGGAGGAGGAGGUGGAGGAAAGUCAAUUUCGCAAAGCGCCUGUACCUCUCCCACUUUUGAAAACAUGGACCCAUUUUUCGCUCAGCAAAAUUUUCGAACGAGUGGCAAUAGCUUCAACCCUGGCAAAGAAAACCGAUUUUCUAAUGGCCCAACCGCCCUGCCUUACGGCUCCAUGUCCAACUUAUCCAUCCUAAGCAGCACUUACGAUAACAGGAACCAUCCGGGAGGAUCCUCAGCCAAAUUCGCAGGAGUUUCAAAGCAGAAAUCUGCAAAAUAUUCAUUCUCAGGAUCACUUUUAAACCUCAGCUUUUUCCCCUUCUCCUCAAAAUCGUCUUCGGUUGCGCAGCAGGAGCGGUCAAGGGGCAGUAAAAGUGAACACUGUGACACCAACAUACGAACCAAGAGAUUAAGCCUCGGAGUUGGAUUUUCCUCAGGACCAGGACCAGUAUCAUCCAUCCAUUACUUACCAAGUCGCCCAUUGACGGGUCCCCCAUGUACACCACCCUUACCCCCCCAACCAGAACAAGAUGCGACGACCACUCGGCCUCACGUUCGACGAAGAUCUUCAUCUUUCAAUGGAGAAAGCGAUUUUCCAACCGGCUCUCAAAUGACGAGAGAACAACUGCCCUUUCCUCCUUCUCUUACCUUAAAUCGACACCUGCAAAAUACCAACAAAAAACAGAAAAUGGGGUUCCUGCCACCUCCUUUACCAUAUUCGCCACCAUUGAGCCCCAAUUAUGACGAGUUACCCCCACCACCGGACAUGUCCUUCGAUACCAAUAAUUCUGCCCCGAGUGAAGGUUUGUUAGAAUCCCCGUCGUACGAAGAAGUAAAUUUGCCACCUCCCAUGAGUCAUAUUGUGCCAAGAAAAAUGUCUCUUACGAGACACGCAGAAUUCCCAUUACCACCACCACCAGCGUCUCCACCAUCUACACCGCCACCACUCCCCACGUCACCGCCACCCAUCGCCAAUGCGAACAGAGUUGGCUACAAGUUCCACCCACUCAAGUCAAAACUGAUUCGAGUCAAUGCUCCAACGCUUCCUCCGUUAAGUGUGCCACUGGUUCGGCCAAAGAAUCAGAGCCCUGGGACUCCAUCAACCUGGCCUCUAGAGCCUGGCGUUCCUCAAUUAUGCGGACAAAAUCUCCAAGACGGAUCUGGUAGGAUUACCAAGAAUUCUCCCUCAGAGGAGUUGAAUCUAUCCAUUGAAGAACUUUUGAAUCAAAAGGCAUGUAGUAGUACUUACAACGGUACUUACAUUGAUUCCAGUCACGUCGAACCUCUCAGCAAAUUGUUUCAGUGCAGAUUAUCCCAUGAUCAAUGGCCAAUUAUGAUGAAUAAACUAUUCUCGAGAGCAAAGGAAGGAGUUGGAGAAGAAAUUGCGAAAGAUGGUGAAUUUGUCAAAAUUUACAACAACCUUUUGCAGAAUACGCUACAACUGUGGCUCAAAUUAGAAGGGGGUCAGACCACGUUAGAAAAUGUAGUAGCUGCCUUUGAACAGACACAAGACGAGUUAUUGAAAGACGACUGCGGGGACAAUGUUACAAAGCUGUAAUGUAAUCUUUGCUAACUUAAUUUUUAAGAGAGAAAUGUUUCAAAAAAGAUUCGAAUUGUUAUUUAAAUAAAUUUUAUGCAUAUGCCUCUGACUAUUUUAAGGAAGCACAGCUUCAUUUUCGGUUGUUUUCUUUAAUAAAUCUUAACUACUUAA